AUGACUAAAAGUGUAGAGCAUUGUUCUACUGUUGUCACCGAUAAAGAUAUGAAUGUAAGAAUUUUCAAAACACCCACUCAGCCUGUGCUUCCUAGGAUAUAUUAUAAUUCUGGAGGUGAUAAAGAGUAUAUCCUAGGUUGUUCUUUGGAAAACAAACCUAUUAUUGGAAUGAAAUUUGAUAGUCUUGAAGAUGGUAUUGUCUUUUAUAUCAAAUAUGCUAAUGACAAAGAAGGGUAUGUGACAAAUAACAAGAAAGCUGGUAAACUAGUUGAAGGUGCAUGUUUAAGGAAAAAGACUGUGAAUAGAGUUGGAUGUCCUGCUAAGAUUAAAUUUAGGUUUUGUAGUGGUGGGAAGUAUAUGGUUUACUUUUUCCAUGAGUCUCAUUCUAACCCUUUUUCUACACCUAUUACUAAGCAGGUUAAUAAAUAUGAAGUUGGUUUAAAUUUUGUUCAUAAGAAGUUUAUUUUUGACAACUCAAAGUUAAAUAUAGGGGCUGUUAUGUCUUAUAGGAUCAUGAAAGAACUUUGUGGUGGGUAUAUCAAGGGCAGUAAAAAUGACUUCAAAAAUUUUUCUAGGGACUUGAAAGUUUAUAUCUCUAAUGCUGAUGGUGCUGCUGAUCCUAUUGGUAGAAGAGAUUUUCAAUUAUUUGGGGACUCUUUAUCUUUUGAUUCUGCCUAUGAUACAAAUAAAUACUCAUUAGUUUUCUGCCCUUUUACUGGAGUUGAUAAUCAUAAGAGAUGUAUUACAUUUUGUGCUGCUUUAUUAUCUAAAGAAGAUGUAGAAUCUUUUGUGUGGCUAUUUCAAACUUUUUUGAAGUGUAUGGGAAGAGAACCCUCUUGCAUAAUUACUGAUCAAGACCCUGCAAUGGGUAUUGCCAUACAAAAAGUUUUUACCAUGACUAAACACAGUGUUAUAGAGGAAUUUAACCUUGUAGAUCAUGAAUGGUUUGCAUACAUGUUCAAGAUAGGCAUCUUUGGAUCCCUGCAUAUUCAGGGACUUGUUUAUGGGCAUGAACAGGAUGAGUUGAACAUGCUUAAUAAAUCUGAGCCUCAAUUGCUUACUCAAUUACACUUUGAAAAGCACGCUGCUGUUGUUUACAAUCGUGCCAUCUUUUAUGAUUUUCAAGAAGAAUGUCAGGCAACUUGUUUCUCAUGUGGUGUUGAAAGUUGUAGUUCUCUGUAUGGAGAUGGUGUGGAAUUUUCUGUAAUUGUUGAUGAUGAGAAAAGGAAAAACUUUGAUGUAAAUUUUGACUUGGCCACAUAUAAGUGCAAUUGUACUUGUAAAAUGUUUGAGAGUCAAGGCAUCUUAUGUAGACACAUUUUGUUUAUUAUGAAAGGCAAGUCUAUACGUGAAAUUCCUGAUCUUUAUAUCCUGAAUCGUUGGAGAAAAGAAGUUCUGAAGAAAGCUUCAGCCAGAAAUGCUAUUCUGGAUGAUGCUUCUAAGUAUGAUAAGAAGAAGCAAUUGGUGAGUGAUGUGUGGUCCAAGAUUUUUAUUUGUGUGAGUUUAUCUAAGCAAUCUGAGGAUGAUUUAUCUGAGCUUAUUAGGACAUUAUUUUCAUUUAAGGAGCAGAUGCUGACAAAGAAUAAUCCUGAAAAUGCAACUAGUUUAAAAGAGGUGAAAUAUGCUAAUAUUCAGGUUUUGGUUGGGUCAAAUGAAGUAGAUGUAAACAUCUUGCCUCCAAAUCAGUGCCUUAACAAAGGUUCUGACAGAAGUUCAAAGCGGUUGAAGAGUGCAAAAGAAAUAGCUUCUGAAGAAAAAUCCAAAAGGGGCAAAACUUGUAGAACUUGUGGGCAAUCUGGUGUUUCACAUGACAGUAGAAACUGUCCAAACAAGUAG